ACCGAGAAAAGCUUUCAGGAAACCCUGCGUACGUCCGAAGCGGCUAGCUAGUGCAAGGCUAAUGAAUGGUGCCUUUUAAUGCAUAGAAGAGCAAUUUUACAGAAAGCAAAAUGAUUUUUCAGGAGAAUGUUUAAAUUAAAACUAUGACUACAUACAACCAUUAGUAAAUUUUGCCCGUUAGGUACCCCAGGGGGUAACUAGUUGAGCCUGCUAACUUCUCCAAACGUGUUCGUUCGGUGUGAAGCAGCAGCGAUGUUUAUUUACCUGAGUAAAAAGAUCGCCAUCCCGAACAACGUCCGACUUAAAUGCGUGUCCUGGAACAAGGAGCAGGGCUUCAUCGCCUGCGGGGGGGAGGACGGUUUGCUCAAGGUGCUCAGGCUGGACUCACAGACAGAUGAUGCCAAACUCAAAGGACUCGCAGCGCCUAGUAACCUGUCCAUGAACCAGACUCUGGAGGGUCACAGUGGUGCGGUUCAGGUGGUGACAUGGAACGAGCAAUACCAGAAGCUGACCACAAGCGACCAGAACGGCCUCAUCAUCGUCUGGAUGCUGUACAAAGGCUCCUGGUAUGAAGAGAUGAUCAACAACAGGAACAAGUCAGUGGUGAGGAGUAUGAGCUGGAAUGCAGAUGGGCAGAAGAUCUGCAUCGUGUACGAGGACGGGGCCGUCAUCGUGGGGUCGGUCGAUGGUAACCGGAUUUGGGGGAAGGAACUGAAAGGUAUUCAGCUGGCGCAUGUGGCCUGGUCACCUGACAGCAAGAUCCUCCUGUUUGGGAUGGCCAAUGGCGAGAUCCACAUCUAUGACAACCAGGGCAACUUCAUCGUGAAAAUGACCGUCAGCUGCCUGGCCAAUGUCACGGGUGCCGUCAGCAUCGCCGGGAUCCACUGGUAUCCGGGGACGGAGGGCUAUGUGGAGCCCGAUUGCCCCUGCCUCGCCAUCUGCUUCGACAACGGCCGCGUGCAGAUCAUGCGCUAUGAGAAUGAUGAGAACCCUGUGCUGAUUGACACCGGCAUGACCGUGGCCAGCAUCCAGUGGAACCAGUGUGGUAGCGUACUGGCUGUCUCCGGCUGCCAGAGGGCUGCAUCCCUGGAUAAGGACGUCAAUGUGGUGCAGUUCUACACUGCGUUUGGGGAGCAUCUCCGGACCCUGAAGGUCCCUGGGAAACAGAUCACAGCGGUAUCCUGGGAAGGCGGAGGACUGAGGAUUGCCCUGGCGGUGGACUCCUUCAUUUACUUUGCCAACAUCAGGCCGGAUUACAAGUGGGGUUACUGCUCCAACACAGUGGUCUAUGCCUACACCCGGCCUGACCGCAUGGAGUACUGCGUGGUCUUCUGGGACACCAAGAACAACGAGAAGUAUGUCAAGUAUGUCAAGAGCCUGCUGUCCAUCAGCACUUGUGGGGACUUCUGCAUCCUGGCCACCAAGGCAGACGACUCUCACCCUCAGGAGGAUGCUGAGCCGGAAUCGGCGAGCGCCAUGUUCGUGCUGGUCCUGUGUAACUCGAUUGGGACCCCACUGGACUCCAAAUACAUCGACAUCGAGCCGCUGUUUGUAACCAUGACGAAGACCCACGUCAUCGCCGCCUCCAGAGAAGCCUUCUACAUCUGGCAGUACCGUGUGGCGAAGAAGCUGACCGCCCUGGAGAUUAACCAGGUCACCCGGACCAGGAAGGAGGGCAGGGAGAGGGUGUAUCACAUCGACGAUAACGUGGCUGACGGCUCGCUGGACUUCUCUAAGGCGGCCGCUACGACCAGAGAUCCCAUCUGCUGCAUGACAGCGACAGAUAAGACUCUUAUUUUGGCCCGGGAGUCCGGCACCAUCCAGAGGUACAGCCUGCCUGGCGUGAGCCUGGUGCAGAGGUACACGCCCAGUUACCGUGCCUACCAGGUCUCCCUCAACUGCAACUCCAGCCGGCUGGCCAUCAUCGACAUUGCGGGGGUGCUGACGUUCUUUGACCUGGAGCCUCGGGGGGCUGGGGGGGAUGGCGGCCCCGGGGGAGCACAGGCGGCGGGGGACCAGCUGAAGUUCGAGCGGAAGGACGUGUGGGACAUGCAGUGGGCGAGCGACAACCCCGACCUGUUCGCCAUGAUGGAGAAGACCAGGAUGUACGUCUUCCGGAACUUGGACCCUGAGGAGCCGAUCCAGACGUCUGGCUACAUCUGCAGCUUUGAGGACCUGGAGAUAAAGUCAGUCCUGUUGGAUGAGAUCCUGAAGGACCCUGAGAGGCCCAACAAGGACUACCUGAUCAACUUUGAGAUCCGCUCGCUGAGGGACAGUCGGGCGCUGAUGGAGAAGGUGGGCAUUGAGGAUGCCUCGCAGUUCAUCGAGGACAACCCACACCCCCGACUCUGGCGCCUGUUGGCCGAGGCGGGCCUGCAGAAGCUGGACCUGGCCACUGCAGAGCAGGCCUUCGUGCGCUGUGGGGACUACCAGGGCAUCGAGCUGGUCCAGCGGCUGGCCCACCUGCACAGCGAGGCCAUGAAGCGAGCCGAAGUGGCUGCCUACUUUGGCCGCUUUGAGGAGGCCGAGCGCAUGUACCUGGACAUGGACCGCAGGGACCUGGCCAUCGGCCUGCGGAGCAAGCUGGGCGACUGGUUCCGGGUUCUGCAGCUGCUGAAGUCCGGCUCGGGGGACAGCGACGAUGCGCUGCUGGAGCAGGCCUACAACGCCAUCGGGGAUUACUUUGCAGACCGACAGAAAUGGCUGAACGCCGUGCAGUAUUACCUCCAGGGCCGCAACCAGGAGCGGCUGGCCGAGUGCUACUACAUGCUGGAGGACUACGAAGGCCUGGAGAGGCUGGCCAGCUCACUGCCAGAGAACCACAAGCUGCUGCCGGAGAUCGGGCAGAUGUUUGUCACGGUGGGCAUGUGCGAGCAGGCGGUGGGCGCAUACCUGAGGUGCAGUCAGCCCAAGGCCGCAGUGGACACCUGCGUGCACCUGAACCAGUGGAACAAGGCCGUGGAGCUGGCCAAGGAUCACAACAUGAAGGAGAUCGGCUCACUCUUGGCCAAGUACGCCUCGCACUUGCUGGAGAAGAACAAGACGCUGGAGGCGGUGGAGCUGUACCGCAAGGCGCGGCACUUCCUGGAGGCGGCCAAGCUCAUGUUCAAGAUUGCCGACGACGAGGCCAAGAGGAGGACCAAGCCGCUGAGGGUGAAGAAGCUGUACGUGCUGGCGGCCCUGCUCGUGGAGGAUUACCACGGCCAGAUGAAGGCCUCGCAGCACGACCGCGCCCAGGGCCGGAAGUCCGAGGCCACGUCCGCUCUGGCCGGUCUGCUGGAGGAGGACGCGUCGUCAGACAGCCGUGUUGUGGACAGCGCCUGGCGUGGUGCUGAGGCCUACCACUUCUUCCUGCUGGCACAGAGGCAGCUGUACGAGGGCUACGUGGAUGCGGCCAUGAGGACAGCUUUGCACCUCCGUGACUACGAGGACAUCAUCCCUGCCGUGGAGAUCUACUCACUCUUGGCCAUCUGCUCCUCUGCCAACCGAGCCUUCGGAACCUGCUCACGGGCCUUCAUCAGGCUGGAGUCCCUGGAGAGCCUGAGGCCGGAGCAGAGGCAGAUGUAUGAAGACCUGGCCCUGGAGAUCUUCACCAAAUACAGCCCCAAGGACAACAGGAAGUCCGAGCUGGACAGCGCGCCUGAGAGGGCCGAGGGGAAACUGCCCACCUGCAUCGUGACGGGCCGGCCCAUCUCGGAGUACCAGUUCUGGAUGUGCAGUGUUUGCAAGCACUGCGCCCUGGAGCAGGAAGUCAGCCGCCAUGCCUUCUGCCCGCUGUGCCACAGUGCCGUGGGAUAGCCAGCGAUACAGCUCUACCUGUCCAGCAGGUGGCAGUGUAACGUGUCCCGUGAGCACUAUGACAGGUGUUGGGGGGGGGGGGGCAUUUCUGGGCAUUCUCAACACUUACCAGCCACCAUAUGUCACCAGAGUGCAGAGUGCAGUUCACGUAUAAGCAUUCACUCCCUCUGCUUGUGAUUUCUGUGAUCUUGUAUAAAACCUUUUAUCAGAUUAAAAAGCUGAGAGACCAGUGAGUGAAAUCUUACAUUGAACAUAUCAGUUGUCAUAAAAUGUAUAAAUAAAUUGUGCAAGUACA